GCCCGCGUGUUCUCCGCUGCUGGAGAUGGCAAGCAAGGGAAGACCUCUCGCACUCGCAGUCGCUGCCAAAAUGGAAGCAAGCACACCCCUCUCGCUGCCACUGCCACUGCCACUGCCAAGCAAACAGCGCGGCGCCACAGUAGCAGUAGCCACCACGCACGCACGCGUCGGUGCGUGUUCCCCCCCCCCCCCCCUCCCCCCCGCGACAAAUUCCUCCUCGCCUUUCCCCUCCUCCUCCCUCUCCUCGCCGCCGAUCCGCCGCCGCCGCCGCAGCCGGGAUCUUCCGUCGGAUAGUAUGGUAUUGUGCUGGACACACUGUUGACUUUCGUCUCUAUGAUUAUCUCUGAUACCGAUCGGAGCAUUGCACCUCUUCCUUCGAUCAAUGGGCAUUGUGAAGGUAGCAAGUUGUGCGCCUACAGAAGAGCGGGCUUACAGCUGUGGAGACGAGGACAUUACACAAGAGGAGAAAAUGCUGCUUCAGAGAUUUCCUAUUCAUGAAUCCGAUGACUAUGAACAUGAAGAGGUCAAUUGUGAGCUUGCAAAGUCUGGAGAUCAGAUCUGUAGUGUCCCUUAUGGGCUUUAUGAUUUGCCUGAAUUGAAUGAUAUUCUUUCUUUGGAGACAUGGAACUUAUGUCUAACAGAAGAUGAUAGAUUCCGUCUAGCAGCCUAUCUCCCAGACAUGGACCAACAUGAUUUCUUUGUAACAAUGAAGGAGCUGUUUAGUGGCAGUGACCUGUUCUUUGGGAGUCCAGUGAAGAGCUUCUUCCACAGAUUGAAUGGUGGGUUUUAUUCUCCAGAAGUUUCCCAGGCUAGAGAAUUACUGAUGAUCUUUGAAAGACGAAGAUAUUAUCAUUUUCUGAAGUCCCAUCAUGAUGGCAUGAUUUUCAAGUUUGCAUCCAUGGACAAGGUAGGAGGACGAUGUGGGGCGAGUACUGGUCUUCAGGGUAAGGUUAACAGUUGGAAUGACAGAAGACAUGAAGAUCCCCUCACAGGUGUUGACAUAAGCGGUUCUCCUUUCAAUAGAAGUCUAUCAAUUGCCAAUGAGGUUAAAGAUGCAACCCUUCCACCUUUGAAGCGAACCAAACGUAUGGAUGGGACAGUAACCACUCAUUGUUCAGCCAAGCGCAAGGGAAUAGUCUACAGAGACAAAUCAAUGGAAAUGAGCUCAUUGAAGAGUCCUGUCUUUCAUGUUCCUGGUGAGCUUACUACAUGUAUUAGAUUGCCCAAAGGUGUGCUGAAAAUAAAGACCGAUUGUGCUUCCCUCAUUGAUCACAAUGAAGGAAUUCAUCGUACACCAGAACCGAUGCUAGCAGACCAACUGGGAAUACAGGUCUCCAGCUUACCUUGCGCUUCUGCACUGGAUGUUCAUGGUUUUGCGAUGAAUUCAGCUUAUUACUACCACAUAAACACAAGCAAGAGUACUUUGAGAAAUCUACAUGUGCGUCCCUACCAAAGAGAAGGCACACUUGAUACUUACCCUCACUCAGUUGAAAGUCCGUUUGGAGUGCAAAUUAUGGUUCCAGAGGAGCUUAAAAGGGGUUACUAUUCUCGAAUGCCGAAUUCCUUCCAUCAGUCAACAACCAAACAUAGUCCGGAAUAUUGCAAUGAAGCACCCCACGAGAAGAACCUUUUGAAGAACUUUGGUCAACAAAAUGCCGUAAUUCCUGAAAGUUCUCCUGAUCCAUUUACAAGGAAUACUGAUUGUCAUCAAACAAAUGGAUACAUGACGCAUGGUCUGAAAACUGCUGAAAGUAUUUCUGAGGUGUUGACCCUUGGUACAGACACCGCUGGCCCUUACAAACACCUAUUGGAGCAGUCUGAAACAAUGCGUUACCCAGAAGGAUUGAAGCUGAAGACUCCUGCCAGCCAGUCAGUUACAGAAGUUGAAGAAGGUCAUAGGUACCCUUUCACAUACAAAAGGAGGAAGCUGCAGAAGAGGCUUGACCUUGUUGAUCCUGUCAAGAAAUCAACUAUGGUGGAUUCAGAGCCUCUGAGCGCACUGGCUAGCGUGGCAAAUGUAAAAAUCAAAGGCAAUCAAGCUUUGAAGAUUGGCAGCUGAGAACAAGGAUAGCUGAACAUAGAAAUUGGAGCAUGGCUUAUGAACAUCUAGCUAACAUAGUAAAUAAAAUGUUCUCUUUUGUUUUGGGUUCUGGUUCGAAGUCAGGUGGAGUGCAUUCAUUGUUAAAUUUGAUAGUAGACAAAAUGACAUGAAUCUCUAGUGCAAAGCAUUCAGAUUCUCUGCUUUCUAUCAUGCACAUCCCUCCCUGAAUACCUCGUCUUCCAGAUGAGCCGCAGUUUACUUAGAUAUAUACAUUGUGUUAAUGUUUUUCUUUUAAAAUAGUGCUGUUGACUUGCAAUGUACUUCCUCCGUUUCAUCAUACUAAAAAGCCAUUUUAGCUUUGUACCAA